GAGAGAGAAAAGGAGGGCGGCCCAGUCCGUGCGAAGGGACAAGGGAGGCGGGAAGGAAGGAAAGCAGGCAGGCAGGAAGGCAGGAAGGCGAGGCGACGCUGAACAGGUGGCCAGAGGCAGCGGGCAGGAAGGCAGGCAGGCAGGCAGGCAGCAGAGCCGCCUCCUCCUCCUCUUCUUCCUCCUCCUCCUUCUCUUCUUGUUGGCCCGCAGCAUGUGAAGGGCCAUCCAUCCGCGGAGGCGCCUUGACCCGCUCUUCCCUUCCUCGUGGGCCUCUGGGGCCGUGGAGGGGAGGAUGAAAGUCACGGUCUGCUUCGGGCGGACCCGGGUGGUCGUGCCCUGCGGCGACGGGAACCUCCAGGUGGGCAGCCUCAUCGAGCAAGCCGUGACCAGGUACAGGAAGGCCGUGGCGAAGGAUCCAAACUACUGGAUACAAGUACAUCGUUUGGAACAUGGUGAUGGGGGAAUCCUUGACCGUGAUGACAUCCUUUGUGACGUAGCUGAUGAUAAAGAUAGAUGCUGCUCAUUUGUCCAGAGAUGGUUUUGUUGGACUAAGCUUGUAGCUGUAUUUGAUGAACAAGAUCCACACCAUGGAGGAGAUGGUACAAGUGCCAGUUCCACGGGUACCCAGAGCCCCGAAAUCUUUGGGAGCGAGCUGGGCACGAACGCUGCGUCAGCCUUCCAGCCUUACCAAGCAACAAGUGAAAUAGAGGUCACGCCUUCGGUCCUUCGCACAAAUAUGCCUCUUCAUGUACGGCGCAGCAGUGAUCCUGCAUUAGUUGGCCUUUCAACAUCAGUCAGUGAGAACAAUUUCACUUCGGAAGAGCCUUCUCGGAAAAACCCCACAAGAUGGUCAACGACUGCAGGCUUCCUCAAGCAGAAUGCACCUGGAGGGCCAAGGAGUCAUGAAAGAAAGAAAGAUGACAACUACCGAAGCCUUCCACGGGACACCAGUAGCUGGUCUGCUAACCAGUUUCAGAGGGACAAUGCUCGCUCUUCACUAAGUGCCACCCAUCCCAUGGUAGAUAAAUGGUUAGAGAGACAAGAACAGGAGGAAAAUGGGACAGAAGAGGAACACAGCAGAGUUGAACCAGUGGGUCAUGCAGACACUGGUUUGGAGAAUACUGUCAACUAUUCUUUAGAUGAUAUGGUAAAGAUCGUCGAAGUCUCCAAUGACGGUGGCCCUCUGGGAAUCCAUGUAGUGCCUUUCAGUGCCCGAGGCGGAAGAACUUUGGGAUUGUUAGUAAAGCGGUUGGAGAAAGGUGGAAAAGCUGAACAAGAACACCUCUUUCAUGAAAAUGAUUGUAUUGUCAAAAUAAAUGAUGGGGACCUUCGCAAUCUAAGAUUUGAACAAGCACAGCAUAUGUUCCGUCAAGCCAUGCGUACUCCCAUUAUUUGGUUCCAUGUGGUUCCAGCGGCAAAGAAAGAAAAGUAUGAGCAGUUGUCACAAAGUGAGAAGAACACACAUUACUCCACCCGCUUGAGCCCUGAUUCCCAGUAUAUUGACAGUAAAAGUAUUAACCACACUGGAGUUCACACAUUGCAAAGAAUACCCCGAGUGAGUGAUCACAUAGAUCAACUGGACUCUUACUCACAACUACCUCAGAAUGUGAAUUCAUCAGGAAAACCACCUUUAGGCCCAUCACCAUCACCAUCACCGCAAAAAGUUGCCACCACUUCUGCUUCAAACAUUGGCUAUAACACCAAACGGAUUGGCAAGCGGCUAAAUAUACAACUGCGGAAAGGUACAGAAGGCCUAGGAUUUAGCAUCACUUCACGAGACGUUCCCAUUGGGGGCUCAGCUCCAAUUUAUGUGAAAAACAUCCUUCCAAGAGGUGCAGCUAUUCAAGAUGGAAGAUUAAAGGCUGGAGACCGGCUCAUUGAGGUCAAUGGUGUGGACUUAACUGGGAAAACCCAAGAAGAAGUUGUUUCCCUGCUGAGAAGCACCAAGAUGGGAGGGACAGUCAACCUUCUCAUUUUACGCCAAGAAAUAUUCUAUCCAAGGGAACUGAAUACUGAACAAACCCAGUCACAAAUACCAAAGGAAACGAGAGCAGAAGAAGAUCUUGUCCUGACUCCUGAUGGCACCAGGGAAUUCCUUACUUUUGAGAUUCCCCUUAAUGAUUCAGGAUCAGCUGGGCUUGGUGUCAGUGUGAAAGGUAACCGGUCAAAAGAGAACCACGCAGACCUCGGCAUCUUUGUCAAGUCAAUUAUAAAUGGUGGAGCAGCUUCUAAAGAUGGAAGACUCCGAGUGAAUGAUCAACUAAUAGCAGUAAACGGGGAAUCGUUAUUGGGCAAGACAAACCAGGAUGCCAUGGAAACCCUACGUCGGUCCAUGUCCACGGAGGGAAACAAACGUGGAAUGAUUCAGCUCAUUGUGGCAAGGCGAAUAAGCAAAGUCAAUGAGUUGGAAUCACCUGGGAGUCCCCCGAGGUUAGAGCUCCCUAUUGAGUCAAUACUGGUUGACAGGGAACGUAGGAUUUCCCAUUCGCUGUACACUGGGAUUGAAGGCCUCAAUGAUUCGCCCACCAGGAAUGCUGCCUUGAACAGGAUAAUGGGUAAAUACCAUCUUUCUCCAACUGUCAACAUGCCCCAAGAGGACAUAGUUAUUAUUGAAGAUGAUAGAUUGCCAGUACUACCUCCACAUCUUUCAGACCAGUCUUCAUCCAGUUCCCAUGAUGAUGUGGUUUUUGCAACCGUGGAUGGAGGAGCCUGGAAUAAACUAGCCACUAUUGAAUCCACAGAAUGCACUCUGAGUCCAGAUGUUGAUCCAGAGCUUGCCUUCCAGCGAGAGGGAUUUGGACGUCAGAGCAUGUCAGAAAAGCGAACAAAGCAGUUUUCAGAUGCCAGCCAGUUGGACUUUGUUAAGACACGGAAAUCCAAAAGCAUGGAUUUAGUAGCUGCCGAGACUAAGCUCAAUACAGUGGAUGACCAGAAAACAGGUUCCCCAACCAGAGAUGUGGGUCCUUCAUUAGGACUGAAGAAAUCCAGCUCUUUAGAAAGUUUGCAGACGGCAGUUGCAGAAGUGACUCUGAAUGGUGAUAUUCCCUUCCAUCGCCCACGACCACGGAUAAUCCGGGGGCGGGGAUGCAAUGAAAGUUUCAGAGCUGCAAUUGACAAGUCAUAUGAUAAACCCGGGGCAGAUGAGGAUGACGAGGGCAUGGAAACCUUGGAAGAAGACACUGAAGAAAGCUCGCGAUCAGGUAGAGAAUCUGUGUCCACAUCAAGUGACCAGCCAUCCCAUUCUCUGGAAAGACAGAUGAAUGGCAACCAAGACAAAGGAGACAGGAAAAAAAUGGGGAAAGACAAGAAAAAAGAUCGUGACAAAGAGAAGGACAAAAUCAAAGCCAAGAAAGGAAUGCUCAAAGGCCUGGGAGACAUGUUCAGGUUUGGCAAACAUCGAAAAGAUGACAAGAGUGAGAAAAUCAAAGUGCAGGAAGCUGUUACUGGAGAAGAGGACAAACUACGAAUGAAGCAAGAACAGGAGAGAAUUCAAGCCAAGACUCGAGAAUUUCGUGAGAGGCAAGCUCGGGAACGGGACUAUGCUGAGAUCCAUGAUUUAAACAGGACUUUUGGAUGUGAUGCUGAUUCAUUGUAUGCUGGGAUUCCUUCAUAUCAUUCCCCCACAAAUAGUGGUACAAUGAAUAAUCGACCACAGAGCCCCAGGGAAGGACCAACAGGCGAAGCACUAUAUGCCCAAGUAAAGAAAGCCCGCAAUUCAAAGUCUUCACCUGCAGACAGAUCAGCUCCCAGCAAUCAUGACCGGAUACAACGUCUAAGGCAAGAAUUUCAGCAAGCAAAGCAAGAUGAAGAUGUGGAGGACAGGAGACGAACAUACAGUUUUGAACAGCCAUGGCCAAAUUCAAAGUCGUACUCGCAGAGUGGGAGGCAUUCUGUGUCGGUAGAAGUUCAGAUGCAGAAGCAGCGACAAGAAGAAAGGGAGAGUUUCCAGCAGGCUCAGCGGCAGUACAGUUCAUUACCAAGGCAAAGCCGGAAAAAUGCAAGUUCCAUAUCUCAAGAUUCUUGGGAGCAGAAUUAUCAUCCAGGUGAAGGUUUCCAAAGUGCAAAAGACAACCCCAGGUAUUCCAGCUAUCAGGGCUCACGGAAUGGCUACAUGGGUGGCCAUGGCUUCAACGCACGGGUCAUGCUUGAAACUCAAGAGUUGUUGCGUCAAGAACAAAGGAGGAAAGAGCAGCAGAUGAAAAAAAAGACAUCUUCUGAAGGGUCCAGCAAUUAUGACUCUUAUAAGAAAGUGCAAGACCCUAAUUAUGCCACUCCCAAAGGUCCUUUCAGGCAAGAUGUACCACCUUCGCCAUCUCAGGUUGCCCGGCUAAAUAGAUUACAGACUUCAGAAAAGGGAAGACCUUUUUAUUCUUGAGUCAAAGAAAAAGGUCAGCAUCCCAUGCAAUAAAGGAACACUUUCAUAUGAAGAGACUUGUAUUUUGUGAAGAAUGUUCCAAACGUUUGGAAGUGGAGGUACUAAGGAAUUUUUGUCUGCUUCAGUGCCUUUAACAAAAUGGGCAAAGAAUCAGAGGGCCUUAUGUCUUUGCCACUGUGUCUCAAGUAUUAUAUUCCUCAAAAGGAGUUUCUAUCAUCUGACAAUCAUAUCCUAGGCAAAUGAUGUUUCUUUUUUAAUCAAGUGUCCUAGUCCAGCCCAGUGCUAUCAGGGGCUACUUUGCCACAUUUUGUUAUCAGGUGUUCAACUCUUUAAUGAAUUAUGGUUCCAACAUUUAUAAUAAAUUGGUUUCUUAAAUAAACAAAGCAUUGCCAUAACUAUUUUCCCCUUGGAUUGAGGGAAAGGGGUACAUAUCAGCUAUAAGCAGUAAGGCAGAUGUCUAUGUAAGAUCUCUGGUCCUGGAUGACUUAUAGUUGAUAAAUAUUUAAAUGUCUGUAUGCUGAAAUUCUCUUUUUCUUUGCCUGCACAUGUUCACUCUUGAGUCCUAUCGAAAAGCUUUAUCCUCAUUCCUAAGGAAAAAGGAAAAAAACUCAAUGCUAUUAUAUUUCAUUUAUUCUGGGGACCUUGUUACAUUUGUCUUAUAUACUUUAAACAUAUAUACCUUAUAUUAUCAGUGGAAACAUUGUAUUUAUAUAACUUAACCUUGUCCAAUAGCAAUGGUGCGAAAUCUCUUAUUUCAUGAAGCAUAUGAACUGGUGUGGGGAAAAAACUCUGGCUUGGUUUAGCAAGUUUAUUUUUUUAUAAAACGUUUCCCCUUGCCUUCAAAAUGAAUUCUAUUCCAAAAUGAACCAUUACUCAGUUACAUCAUAUCAUGAUAAUUUAAUUUCUUUUGUUGGAAGGGGAAAGGCAAGACAAAAUGAAAUUCAAUUCUAUUUUUGAACUAAAAAUCGCUUUUUUAAAACCUCUCUUUUUUGACAGUUUGUAAAGCCUUGUGGACAAUGUACACUGUGCUUCCAUCCUAUGGUAUUUUUGCAUCUCACUAUGAUACAACCACUAAUGUGUAUGAGUUCAAAAAAAAUGGGGAGGGGGAGGCAGAGGGAAUUGGUAUGUAUCAUUGGGAAAACAUGUUGAUGUCCAAAAAUAACAGACACAAAAAAAUCGUUCUAGCAGAGAUGUUUUAAUGUGCUUAUUGGGUAUAUUAAAUUUUCCUUUGCCACAGUUGGUUUUGUGUUUUUAGGUCUGAAUUUUCAUGUAUUGUGAAACAUAUAACUGGAUUGUGAAAGUGCCUGCAUAUCCCGGUGUGAAAAAGAUUGAGAUUAAAGCUCAGUGUAGCAUCCAUAAAUGAACAAAAUAAAACAAAACAAAAAGUAUCAUACACAGUAUUUGAUUAAUAAUCUGCUUUUUUUUAAAAAAAAGGAAUUUGACCCAUUUUACUUUUGCCUCAUCCUGUUUCUGAUUAUAUGUGAAAAUUCAGCACAUGUUACCUGUGUCUUUUAUGCCCGUUUGUUCAUUUUGUUUGUUUGUUAAUAUACUCAAGUGUUAAAGAUUUGUUACUAAUGUAAGCACAAUGACAUUGGAUGAUUAUGUCUCUUUUACACAGAGACUGACUCACUGUGUAAAAUGGCACCCUCUGUAAAUACAGAAAUUUAGAAUAAAAAGACUUUUUGUCUUGGUUUCAAUAUC